GUAAACUUUCAGUUGGUCGACGGACUCGACAUGAAGCUGUUGCUGUGGCUCGUCCUCUGCAGCUCUGCCGCGGAUGGAUUACAUAAAUAUGUGUGGAAUGACAACUGCUUGAAGCGCAACAGGUACAGGCAUGAAAGUACCUGCCAUUCGCCGCGCCGGUUCUUUUAUGCCUUCCAUCGCGUCAUCUCGGAUUGUGUCCUGGUAGUGACCAACUGCCCGAGGUUUCACAAGUACAACGAAUACAACUCUCUGAAGGAUUGCCGCGACGACUGUUGGUUCUUCCUGGAUCAUAGGGUUACUACCGAAGCAACUAAAAAGAAUAGGUUAGGAAACAGGAAUAAUAGUACUAGUCAGACUGGUAGCGACGAGAGUAAAAAUAAUGGUACAGAAACAUCAAAGAAGAAUAAUAAUAAUAAAGAAGGUGAGGAUGAUGAUGGAGGAAAAGGGAAAAAGAAAAAUAAUGAAAAGGACCAAAACGACAAUAAGAACAAAAGGGGAUGACAAGGCCUAUAAAGACAAUAAGCACAAAAAGGAUAAUAAGGAUAUUAAAUGGUAGUAGAGGGAAAAAAGUUUAUAAUAAACAGUUAGGUUGGUUAGGACGAGAAGAACGAUGUGAAUUCCUUUAUAAAAGUGUUACAAGUUAAUCAGCAAAUUUAAACUUUUAGCUUUGUGCAUUUUAUUUUACCAGCACCUUGGUUAUCGGGAUUACGUAUACUACUUAUAUUUUCAAUAAAUAACCAAUUAUACACGCAAA